UAUGCGGCUCCACACAGAGUGAAAUCACGAUGAUCACACGUCCUCUCUCACAGCUCCCACAGACACAUAACUGAACGUUUACAAGUCAUUUCCUUCGGGGACUAUCCAGCCCCUGUUUCUCGGUUUCAGUAAGGAACCGCUCGGUACAGCUUGACUCGCUGACGGCUCCGGCCCUCUUCCAGGCCGGUGUUUUGAUUGGAUUAGAGUCGGCUAGCCUUUGCCCUCUAACCUCGCUGAUGUUUGCUUGCUGCUUCCUGCUCGCUCCGCUCCGCCUGAUCGACUGACGAAGCCUGCCGAAGCCGCUCGGCGAAGCGCCCUGCACGGACACAGCAGACCGGGACAAGCCGCCGCUCACAGCCGAAAGGAGAGCCGAGCAGGGGGAGCCGCGAAGCGCACACACGGGCGGGGGGACGCAAAAACCAGGCAGCCAUGCGGAGGAAAUCAAGGAUAUUGUUGUGCUUUGCUGUGCUGUGGGUGCUGGGGAUAGCCUACUACUUCUACUCGGGGACAGCGUUGAGUCGAAAGGAUGACUGGGUGUCCAGGGACUUGUCCGGUAGGACCAAAGGUCACAACUCUGACGACAAAGCCCACGGCCCGGAGACACUGCCACCAGGUAAGGUGCGCUGGCAGGAUUUUGACCAGGAUCUGUAUGUUGGAGCCACGGUGGUCCGGCCAGGUCAAGACCCCUACGCCAGAAACAAGUUCAACCAGGUGGAAAGCGACAAACUCCGAAUGGACAGAGCUGUACCAGACACGAGACAUGAUCAUUGCAGACAUAAGCAGUGGAAGUCAGACCUGCCGGCCUCGAGCGUUGUCAUCACCUUCCACAAUGAGGCUCGCUCUGCUCUGCUGCGGACUGUGGUCAGUGUCCUGAAGAAAAGUCCACCUCACUUGGUCAAAGAGAUCAUUCUGGUUGAUGACUACAGUGAUAAUCCUGAGGAUGGAGCGCUGCUGGGGAAGAUUGAGAAAGUACGCGUGUUGAGAAAUGACCGCAGAGAAGGCUUGAUGCGAUCAAGAGUUCGUGGUGCAGAUGCUGCCACAGCACCAGUCCUCACCUUCCUGGACUCUCACUGUGAAUGUAAUGACCACUGGCUAGAGCCGCUGCUUGAAAGAGUGGCUGAGGAUAAGACACGAGUAGUUUCUCCCAUCAUUGAUGUCAUCAACAUGGACAACUUUCAAUAUGUCGGCGCCUCUGCCGAUCUGAAAGGAGGCUUUGACUGGAAUUUGGUGUUUAAAUGGGACUACAUGACUCUGGAGCAGAGACGAGCCAGACAAGGCAACCCGAUCGCUCCUAUAAAGACACCAAUGAUAGCAGGUGGCCUCUUUGUCAUGGAUAAAGAGUACUUUGAGCAGCUGGGAAAGUAUGACAUGAUGAUGGAUGUAUGGGGAGGGGAAAAUCUCGAGAUCUCAUUUCGUGUGUGGCAAUGUGGCGGCAGUCUGGAGAUCAUCCCCUGCAGCAGAGUUGGCCACGUCUUCAGAAAGCAGCAUCCUUAUACCUUCCCGGGUGGCAGUGGCACUGUGUUCGCAAGGAACACAAGGAGAGCAGCAGAGGUGUGGAUGGACGAGUAUAAAAACUUCUACUAUGCCGCUGUCCCCUCAGCAAGAAAUGUCCCCUAUGGGAAUAUCCAGAGUCGUUUGGAGAUGAAGAAGAGAUUAAACUGUAAGCCAUUCAAAUGGUACCUGGAGAAUGUCUACCCUGAGCUGAGGGUCCCAGAUCACCAGGACAUUGCUUUCGGAGCCCUGCAGCAGGGAGGAAACUGUCUGGACACCUUGGGUCACUUUGCUGAUGGUGUGGUCGGCGUCUAUGAAUGUCACAAUGCAGGGGGAAACCAGGUAGCGUUACGGCGAGGGGACACCCAGGAAUGGGCUCUAACCAAGGAUAAAUCGGUAAAACAUAUGGACCUGUGUCUGACUGUGGUGGACAGAACAGCUGGUUCCCUCAUCAAACUACAAGGCUGUAGAGAGAAUGACAGCAGACAGAAAUGGGAGCAGAUCGAGUCCAACUCGAAGCUUCGUCACGUGGGCAGUAACCUCUGCCUGGACAGCCGCAGCGCCAGGAUGGGCGGACUCACUGUGGAGGUCUGCAGCCCGAGCCUCACCCAGCAGUGGAAGUUCACUCUCAAUUUACAAUCGUAGGGGGCGCUCCAGAUCCCCGGAAGACUCGGUAUAGCGAAGAGAAACACCUACAGACUCCUGAGAUGCGGCUAAAAAGAUGAAUAGACUCAAGAAGAAAGACAAACUCUUCCUCCUUCUCCUCCUUCCUCCUCCACAGAGGUACAGCCAGUCACGUGCGCACCCUUCUCUCACCCAUCUCCCUAAACGAUGAGCCACGCGUAAUGAAGGGAGGGGCCGGGAGACCCAAAUGGAGUUAACAGGAACCUGACUGCAUGUGGUGGAUGGAUGGUGGCGAUCACGAGGAUAAAGGAGACGAAGAGGCUUUUGUUUCAAAAAUACAUACCUCAGUGUUUUCUCAUUGAUGGUUCCAGCUGCAAACGGCGAAAUCGUUCUUCUCCUUUCUUUAAUGCUGGUGGAAAGAGAAUUUUUUUGGUGUACUUGUUUUAUUUUCUUAUUCAUAUUUUUUAUUUCUUGCUGUUAACUGUCCACAGAGACUUGCUUUUUUUCCUUCUUCUUCUUCUUGGAAGCAUCCUGUAAUGGCAGAUGGAGCCUUCAGGUUGUGGUUUCGGGGAGGUGUGGGUUGUUGAGUGAUGUGAAGGGAGGAAAUGGACUCGAGGCCUUGAGCUUUUCCUCUCGUUUAUUCUCACUGGUUUACAGAGUCAACCGAGAGAAAAGAGGCAAAGAAUGCAGUUUUUCUACAGACUCUUUCUUGGUGGAGGUGAAGACAAUCUGGGAGGGUUUUCGCUGCUUUGCAUGGGGUUUUUUUUCCCCCCCUCAGAAGUGUUGUGAAUGCCUCCCUGAAGAUUUUCCUGUCUUUGGGCUGUAGUACUGGCUGCUGCAGCCUCCAAUACUUCCACAGAGAAAAUACCCAGAGAAUAAGUCACCAGUCUCUCUUUUUUUUUCCUUUUUCUUUUAUUUUGGUUUACUUUCUAAUCAAAAAAUGGAACCAACUUUUAAAAGGAUGUUUUGAGUUUCAGAAAGACCAGUGAUUAAAAUGGUUUUCUUUACAUACUCUCGCUGCUCUGUGCCUGCUCCCCGUGGAGAGGCUCAGUUUUAAUCUUUUUUUUUUCUUUGUUUUUCCUGCACAGCUGCUUUCCUUUGCCUGUGUCUAUAUGUUGCCAUUGUGGAACGUUUACUGUCUAACAAUCACAUCUAAACUGGAUUCAUGUUGCAGCUUGUUCUCCAGAGCCAACAGGUGUUGCCUGCUAAUGUGGCAUUUCUAAUAACACAGUAAUGAGAUUACCAGUAAUGUAGAGUUUGCAUAGACGUGACUGAGAUGAUUGCUUCUCCUCUUCCAGCACUUUUACAAAGUUAAAGAAGAAAACUACACUUAGACCUUGCAGGAGGAACAAUGCAACCCUGCAGCAAAGUAAAGUGGGGUUUGUUUGGGGUUUUUUUAAUUCAUCGAGGUGUCAGACGUCCGUCUCUCUAUUGACAACGGCAAACUGUGCUUAUUCCAGCCUGAGAGCAGAUUUCAUGCAAAAAGAAAAGUCUCGACAAGUAGCAAAGCAACUUCUGACUGCAUGUAUCGCCGACAUGUUUCCAGCGUUGCACUGAGUCACAGUGAUUUACAUCAACAUAUUUUUUUUCCUCUAACUUUCCUGUUAGAUGAGCCAUCUGUUCUGAAGUUUGGAACUGCAGUAAACAAGGUUUUACUGUUUGUCCUCACUCUGUUUCUGCAAGAGGAGAGCAGAUUUUUCUGAUUGCACAAGCAGGACUGCGCAGCUUUUGCUGAUGCAAAGUAGAAAUAAGAAUACUCUUUCUUUUUUUUUCUUUUUUUUCCUGCCACACUACUAUGCAGAUCAACAAUAUCUUGGUGUCAUGAAACGGUGCAGUUUUUGUUACCAGGUGGUGUUACUGAUACGAUUUGCAGUACAUUUAUCUGUUUCCGAGUCCAUUAACUCUUGCCUUUUAAAUAGUUUGUUAUGUUUUGUUUCUAAUCUCCUUUAGGCUUUCACAUCACUUCCUCAUCUUCACUGCUAUGAUCUCCUGUGCUGUUAGUCACCGAUGAGUAAUGACAGUGGAGUUUGGGAAAAUUGCGCUUGAUUAAAUUUAGUGUGACUCAUCACUUGGCGACCUCAAGGCAACUACAGGAACACAAAAUAUUUCUGAACAGAUGUACAGUUUGGGUACAGGAAAGCUGAAAUCUCAAGUCAUCUUUAAAGUCGUGCGCUCUCUGCUUUUCUCAGUCCUUCCCGCUCUCGUGCACACUCGCAUCCGAAACUCCUUUGGUUUUAUUUUAUUGAGCCGCCAACUGACAAAGACAGCUGGCCUCGGUUGCUUUGCUGUCUGAUACUUUUUUUUCUGUGUACCUGUUUGCCUUGUCUUAUAUGUUCAUUUAUAAGUGGGGUGAGUGGAGCUGAGAAGGUCAGCUGAAGCUGCAGCUGGUUUGAAAAGCCUAUCCUGUGACUUGACAGGUUGCUGCAUUGUGCUGCAGGGCAGGGGACCCACAACAUGGCACGAGGCCAGAGAGAAACUCAGGCAAGGCCCUGCUUAGAAAAAUUUGGUGUUGCCUUUGAUGCUAAAUCCAAAGGCCCAAAUCUGAUUUCAUGAUGAUGUGUUACUUUAAACAUGGAAAAGUCUGGUUUGGUUUGGAAAAUGCAAAACAAAAUGAAACACUUUCAGUGUCUUAAGUAAGCAUGGUUGCGAUACAGGAGAAGCAUUAAGUGAAAUUUAGGUUUGAACAUCAGUUUUUCCACAGUUUUCCAUUUCAGUGUGUGCUGUGAAAUCAGACGCUUCAGUGGAGAUUUUAAAGGCAGGUUACAGGAGAAAUAAUCUUAUUAAAAGUAGAAAAAUAUAAAAAUGUUUAAUUUAGAUGUAUUCUUGAAAGGGCACCAUUGAAGUUUUUUUUUUGUUUUGUUUUCUUUUCUUUUUAGCUGAUUCUCAAAGGGUGUAAAUGGGAAGAUCUGUCAUAGGAUACAUGCAAAAUCUGUCUCGGUUUAGAUGUGUGCAAGUACACAUUUUAGUAGUUAGUUCAUUUACUUUUUCAUUGCCUUAUCGUCUAGAUUAUUGCAGAAAUUGUGCAGCCUCUUGAGUAGUGGUGAUAUCUCAGUCAGCAUAAAAUAAGUGAAGGUUUCCAACAUGCUGAGGUUUUAUUUAGUAGUUUUUAGCGCCCUCUAUUGCCACACAUGAUCAGCUGCGAAA